CCAAGUCAACCGCCGGACCGAAACCGAGCCACCAAUGCUCCGCCGCCGACCGCGCCUCUCCUCCGCCGCCCCCUCGCCGCCGCCGGCCGUGCUCCGGCGAGCCUUCCGCUCGGAAGCCGCCCUCGAGGCCAUCCGCUCGCACUCCCACUCCCACUCCCACUCGCACUCACCCCCAUCGAAGAGCGCCUCAUCCCACUCCGACGCGGACGGGGACGACGGCCAGGCGGGCCCCGCCAGCCUCGCGCUCUACAACUACCCCACCUUCGCUGGCGCCUACGCCGCGCUCGCCGCCCGCCUCUUCCACCAACGCGUCCACCGCCGCCUCCUCGUCCUCCCCUUCUCCUCCGUCGUGCCCUUCAGAGCCGAGGACUUCAAGGAUGCCGGGUUCCAGACGUGCUAUCUCUUGGACUUCAUUGGGCCCAAGAAGUUUGCUUUCGAGCUCGCCCGAUUCGUCCCCAGUGUGAUAGCAUUUGAUCACCGGCAAAGUACACUAGCGAGAAUCCCCAAGUUGGGUCAGUGCCCAAGCAAUGUGGAGCUUCAUAUUGACAUGUCAAAAGGCAGUGCCCAAUCUGUAUUUGAUUAUUUCUCCAAGGAGCUAGCAGGAACAAAAGCUGAUUCUAGAACGUGUGAAAACUUGUUGGACCAAGAAGAUGAGGAGCGAGUUUCAAAUGUUCUUGAAUACAUAGAGGAUGCAGACUUGCGACGGUAUCAGCUGCCUAACACCAAGGAAUUUCAGACAGCACUUAGGGAUGAACGUGCAAAGUUGAACUGUGUCACAAAUCCUCAUGUUUUUGGACAGCUACUACAACUUGAUGUUGGUGAUCUGCUUGCUAGGGAGAAAUCGCAUGCAAAUGACCGCCUGCAGGCUGUAGUGGAGUUCAUACAGAAGCCUUUUAGGAUUCAGCUUGGAAGAGGGUCGUAUGGUGAAUGCUUGGCAAUCAGAGCAGAUGGACAUACAGAAUUGAGCCAUGAAAUAGGUUUGGAGCUAAGUCAGAGGAGUGCUGCUGCUGGAUUAAGGCCGAUUGGAGCAGUGGUCUUCAUGCAACGGGGUGUCCUAAAGGUUUGCUUGAGGACUACUGACAGUACAGUUAAUACGUCAGAGAUUGCAAAGGCAUAUGGUGGAGGUGGAAAACAAGGUUCGAGUUCAUUCACUCUAAGAAUGGAUGAGUUCAACAUAUGGACUUCAGUGAACUCAUGAAUUGAACUGGAAGUCAAAUAGUGUUCAUACUGCAGCAACAAGCACCCAGCUCAGCUGGACAUGGACUUCCUCAGUGGUGAAGAUGUGAAAAUGAGGUCAUCUUUUAGUGCUCCGGUAUGAGAGGGAGGAAAGCAAAAGCUGGCAGCUGGCAUGUUGAUAUGAGCUUACAUGAGAUGAUGAGAACAAUCAUCACUACAAAUGACUGGAGAACAAUUUGGAGGCAUAAUGUUUAAGGCUGAAGCUGUUCGAGCGAAGACAUGAUGCCUUUGAAUACAAGGUUUGUUGGUACAUCAAAAAUUAUCUCAACAGUGCAUGUUAUGCUCCUUCCAAUCUUUCUCCAGUAGACCUAUGUGCUUUAGUUUACAGAGAAGAUAAGGGGACAGAAUAUUUGUCAAUGGUCAUACACCAAGGAGCCAAUUAUUAUAGCUUAUACACUUAUAUGUUAUUUGUUUCAAAGGCUGAACAUAUAUGGAGAUGUAGCUUGGAUAUUGGUUUCUGUGUAAAUUAAGAUCCUGCUCAAUGGGUGAA